CCUUUCCCUUCCCAGCCAUACUACGACGGAGCCCGCCCCCUCCGGCUCUACGCUGGUUCCGUGGCGUCGCUUCGUCCCCCCGCCUCCUCCACGCAGGACUCAGCCACAGUCGCGGCCUCGGCGGUAGGAGGAGAGAGAAGAGGAGGCGAGUGCAGGGAAUACGUUCCUGGCUGGACUGUGGUUACCUGAAACUGUGGAUAUACUACCAAAUGCUAUCAAAUGACCUGAAUUUGAAUCUCAGCAUCUCACACAGCCCCCUUGGAAAACCUAGAAAGACCAUUUUUCCUCAGAUGAAGACUUCUAGGGCUGAAUCUAAAAUGCAGCUAUCAGAUGAAGAAUGCUCUUAUAACGCUUAAAAAGAAAGUGGAGGAGAUGGGAAUUGAAACACUAAGGAAACAUUGAGUACUCUCAGGUUCAAUGGCAAACUUAAGAGGUUGUCCCAAUUCUUGACACACAUUUUUCUGAGCAUCAUGGAUUUGGUGGAAUUUGGUCUGCAAAGCAUUCUUAAAAAGUAAUUUGUGUCAUAAGCCUAGAUCAUCUUAUGUGCUCACAAUAAUGGCUAGCAAAAGGAAAUCCACAACACCUUGUAUGAUACCGUCAAAAACUUUGGCCCUGCAGGAAUCAGAAUCAACAUCUGUUGAAACUGGUCAUGAAGAAACCCAACAGUCUGUUGCUAUUGCCACUGUGCCUGUUAGUGACCAUGUUGUUAACAGCAAUCACAAUAGUGGGACAUUGUCUAACGGACAUAAUAGUAUUCUAGAAGAUGAUACAUACAGAUGUAUGUAUUGUAGUUUUGGUUCUCAAGAUGUCAACCAGUUUCUUAGUCACCUUGAUUCUGAGCACAUAGACUUUAGUAAAGACCCUUCCUUUGUGUGUGUGCAGUGCAGUUUCCUCGUAAAGACCCACAAAGAGCUUUCUUGCCACAACGCAGAGCAUCAUGCAGGCGAAACCAGCUUAAUCUGGAAUGUUGUAAAGCAAGGCGAUCAGACAAUUGUGGAGCAAACCACUGGAGUUGUCAGCAUCACCAGCAGUUCUCAAAACUCUCUAGGGGAUCUUCCUGAGGAUGGUCAAGACAGUCAAGCUGAAAUUAUCAUUACCAAAACGCCCAUUAUGAAGAUAAUGAAAACAAAACCAGAAGUUAAAAAAAUCCAUAUGCUGAAAGAGAAUCUGUCUACUAAACCAGCCAAGGAUCUGGAAACAAAAAGCAGUGAACAGCCAUCCAACAAUGAAUCUGUACCUGUCAGUCAGUCAACAACUAGUCCCAUCAAAUCAACACAUGUUGUCAAUGGUUCAGUAAUGGGAAAUGUCCCUGUUUUGCAGGCAGGUAUUACACAGUUUGUGCAACUCCCGCAGCAACCACCAGUUCAUCAGCAGCUCCCCACAUCAAAAUCACUUCCCAAAGUAAUGAUUCCUCUGAGUAGUAUCCCAACAUACAAUGCAGCAAUGGAUUCUAAUAGUUUUCUGAAAAACUCUUUCCAUAAAUUUCCUUAUCCUACUAAAGCAGAACUGUGUUAUUUGACUGUUGUGACUAAGUAUCCAGAAGAACAGCUGAAGAUUUGGUUUACAGCUCAGAGAUUGAAACAGGGUAUCAGUUGGUCACCUGAGGAAAUAGAAGAUGCACGGAAGAAAAUGUUUAACACUGUGAUUCAGUCAGUGCCCCAGUCCACCAUUACAGUCUUGAAUACACCUCUAGUUGCAAGUCCUAGUAGCAUUCAGCAUCUUAUUCAAGCCAGUUUACCUGGCCAUUCAGUUGGAAAACCUGAAGGAGCAAGCAGUAUGCUUGUCACCCAACCAGUAAUAACUAAUGGAUUUCAAGGAUCAACCUCAUCUAUUGCAAUAGCAGCAACAUCCAUCCCAAGGACACAGACAGCUAAGCUACCAACUGCUGUGUCAGUUUCUAGUACUGCAUCAGCAGUGAAAGUAGUCAGUGCUUGCCCAAGUAUAUCUUCACCAUCAAUCUUUGAUCCUUAUGCGUAUAAAAAUAAGAAAUCUUAUGAACAGCUAACUACACUAAAAGACAGUUUCUAUAAAAACCAGUUUCCUGGCCAUUCUGAAGUUGAGAGGCUAUCAAAACUCACGGGUCUUACUACAAGGCAUGUCCGGAAAUGGUUUAGCGAUAGGAGAUACCAUUGUAGAAAUAUAAGAGGCGGCAAGGUUAUGCAUGUUGGAGAAAAUACAAUAAUCAUAGAUUCAGUACCUGAAAUUACCUUCACAUCUUCUCCCAGAACAACCACAGAGCUAAUGUCUACAUCAACAGGAACACCAGUUGUUCAUCCUCCAACCCGUCGACAGUCAUGGCAUCAAACUCCUGACUUCUCCAUUACAAAAUAUAAGGAAAGGGCUCCUGAACAGCUCCGAGCUUUAGAGAGCAGCUUUGCAGAGAAUCACUUUCCUCCUGAAGAGGAAGUAGACCGUUUGAGGAGUGAGACCAAGAUGACAAGGAGAGAAAUUGACAGCUGGUUCUCAGAGCGACGGAAAAAACAAGCAAUCAAAAAAACUGAGCAGGGAGAAGAUAAUGAUUGUGAAGAUGAUUCUGUGGAAGAAGAAGACUCAUCAGAUGACUUGAGGGCUUUAAGCGAAAAUGGCGCCUUAGAUGUAGCCAGCAGCUCUCAAGUGCCAGGUGAACGCAAAGUGAGCCCUAUAAAAAUUAACCUUAAGAACUUUAAGGUGACUGAGUCAAAUGGCAAAACUGAACGGCCAGGUUUGAAUACAGAUGUUCCUGUUGACAGCUCUCCUAGCAAGCUACCCGCUCCCCAAAAACCCAAGUUAAGCUUUAAAAAGACUGCUGAGCAGAGACAUUUGCUUAAACAGCUCUUUCUGCAGACACAGAGACCUACCUAUGCACAAUAUGACCAAAUAUGUUCUCAGACAGGUCUUCCAAGGGCUGAGGUGAUUCGCUGGUUUGGGGAUAGUCGCUAUGGCUUAAAAAAUGGAAAUUUGAGGUGGUAUGAGAACUACAAGCAGGGUAUCUUCCCGAAAGGCUUAGCAACCUCCAGUGAGACUGGCAGGGAGAUCCUUCAGGAUUAUUUCCAAAAGAACAAGGUGCUUUAUGAGGAUGAUCUCCCUGGUCUAUGUGAGAGAACUCAGAUGACCAGUGAUCAGGUCAAGCUGUGGUUUGCUGAAAGGCUUGAUGAAGAAAACAAGGCAACUUCAGAUCCAGGCAGUGAAGAUCAGUCCUCAAGCACUGGUGAACCAGCCAGCAUUCAAAAAGGGACAUUUGAUACCUUUUCGGAAGUUUCUGAGAACAGUGAAUCCUGGGAGCCUGGAGGUCAAGAAGGCAGCUCAGAGCUUGGUGAUACAGAUAGUCAUCAAUCAGCAGUUCAUUUGGAAACAGAAUGAACCAGCAGCACUGCCUCCCUUGAAGGAUCUGUUGUUAACUUUGUGAAGAACUCCGCAGCUGUGGAACUUGGCCUGUACCUCCACUGAAGGUCACGAGGAAACACUGCCAUAUUAUGCCAAGAGCAUCUUUUCGUAAAGCACAUGGGGAAUUAGUGGUGGAAGGGAAGAGAUCAGGCAAGAAGGAAGAAUUUGGGAGUGGUCUGUUUCCAAACCUAGCACAGGGGGCAAGAGUGAGGCCUAGUGUAGGAAAUAUUUCUUCUCUUCUCUAGACUGUGCCUCUCCAUUUUGUUUCCCAUUGGAAAUUUUAUUUCAAGUUUUGUAUGCAUAUGGAAUCAGCUUCUUCAUAUUGCCAAUCAGCCUGCUGGUAGGAUCAUGAACACUGGGCAUUGUUUCAAAACAUUUUUGUUUCAUAGAAAUGGACUAUCAUUGGCACAAUAUAUUUUGAAAUCUUUCCUUGUUUGUUCUCUAAAGGCUCAGCUGCUAUAUGUCUACUUCCUUGCACUUGAAUCUAAUUUGCAAUAUGUCCGACAUGCCUGGGGGUAUGUAUUAUUGAAUGCGGUGGGAGUUAUUUCUGAAUACACACUGUUGGCAUGCACUACUGGUACAUGGAGAAGUGGGAUAUAGAUGAGUAUAGGAUAAAUUGUGAGAGAUAGGUCUGAUGAGCAAUAUUUCAUUUCUUGCACAAAGCCAGGAAAGAAUAUGAGCAGCUGUCCUUCAUUGGGCUUUAGUUUGCUGUGUAAUUGCUGCUGGGACAGAAAUCUGGGAGGAAAACCCCAAAGAUGUCCUAUUAUUCAUUUUUUUAAUUUAGAUUAUGAUACUGUGAGACUUUCCUACUUCAAAAAUAUGUGUUAAUCGCCAAGACAUGGGCGUUGGUGUGGUGGUGGUUACAUUGUAAGUCACUGCUCAAAACAAUUCUGUUAUUUGUAUUAUGGGAUAAAUAGAAAAUUUGAUCAAAUUGUCAUUGGAAAGACAUUUCACGGAUACUUUAAUCCCAUCAUAGCAAAUGGAAAAUAUAUACUUAAAUGGUUCAAUUUUGGCAGUAAGCAACCAUUUUACUGAUCGAGCUUCAGGAUUCUGUCUUUUUCUUUGAACAUACUGCAGGAUCUGUUCCAAAGAUGGAGCUAAAUACCAGCCCGCCUUUUGUGCUCAUGCUUACAGUUAUUAUCCUAUUUUUUUUCCAUAAAGGUGGUUUUUAUAACCCCUUGUUGAAAAACUGAAAGACAUGCUAGUUUCCAUCUAAAUUAACCCUACAGUUUUCUGGGCUUUCUUCUCAAGUCCCUUAUUUUCAAGGUUGUGUAUAAUAUAAAUCCACAAAUAUGAAUGUGGCACCUGCAGUUUGUGGGUCUUUUCUCAGAAGAGACCCAUGAGCUUCACAGUGUGAGUUGUUUGCACUUAAAUGGGAAAAAAUCCUGUCUGGCUUGCACAGCUUUAAACAUUUGAAACUGCUCUUCAGAUUGAGAGAGAUAUUCCAGCAACGGAAGGUGCUUGUGACCUGCUCUUUUGGAAAUACUUGCCAGGCAAGAUCUCUCUUGAGAUUGCUGCUACAAACAGAAAUCAGUAAAGCCUUGCAAAUUAUUAUUGCUUGGGAAAGUUAUCUUUUUGGACUAUUAUUCCAGAACUGUCCAACAAUUGACAAUACUUACUGGGGAUUUUUUCUGGGAGAUGCAGUGCAAAUAAAGUAACUUCCACCUCAAGUUCUGCCUAUCGUGUACUAUGCUGUGACCCAAUGACUGUUAAUGUUAGGAGGUUCAACUCAAAGAUUAUUGAAUUCAUUUAACAGCCAUGCCUCAGAGAAUAAAUGUGGGUAAGUCAUGUGAGGUCCAGCCCCAGGAAUUUGUGGGACUAUUUCUGUUGAGAUGGAUGAGAAGUGAGAAUUCUACAAAAAGAGUGGCUUCCAUCACAUCAAUGGAAUUGCUGCAAGAGCCAUCCUUCAUAAGCUAUGCCAUUGUUGUUUUACAUAUUUACAUGCAUACAGGUUUUGCUUUAAAGACAGUAGAGUCUUGUUUAUUCAACCUUCGUUUAUCCAAUGUUCUGUAUUAUUCAACGCAGUCUGCCUCCCGCCCGAAUCCACAACUGUUUCUCUAAGCAGCAAUGCACAGCGGGCCAACAUGCCCAACAACACCACAAGUGCAACCAUACUCCCAAACAAGUGGCAGACUUGUUAUAAAACAUGAUGUUUUGGUGCUUCGUAAAAUCAUAAUGUAAUUUGACGUUUAAUAAGCUGUUCCUUAAACCCUUCUCAUUAUCCAACAUUUUUGCUUAUCCAACAUUCUGCCAGCCCGUUUAUGUUGGGUAAGUGAGAUUCUACUGUAUAUACAUCUACAGUACAACAUUAAAAGAUAUUUUAGGCAUAGCACCUAUGUUAUACCUUCAUGGAUUAGUUUAUAAUUGAAACCUUUUCAUCUCUUUGAAGAAAAUAUGUUUCUUAUGUAUGCUUAAGAAGACUGUCAGCAAAUUUGAAAUGGCUAUCUUGAGGUUUAGCCUAGGAUAGCAAUAUGAAUUAAUUACUUAAAUCCUUAACAUCCUUAGUCAGAAAGUAAGGCCCACUCAAGGUUCAAUUCCUGCAAUUUUCAAAAGGUUAGUUUGUUGGAGGGAAAUGACUGAGUCCUGUGACAUACCAGGCACCUGAGGAAAUGUAUUAUACCUCCCAUGAAAGCUUGUGUUAUUAUAAUUGUGUUAGUCUUAAAAAUGCCAUACAACCUGUUAAAAUUACAUGUAAUCAUGUUUGAGAUCAGAGUAAUCGAGUUUAGGAGGAGAUUUAAGUUUUAAAUUGGGUAGAUGGAUUGCAAGCCUUGACUUGGCAGGGCAGUUUAAUCCUAUCUCAACUGAGAAGGAAGAGAACACAGACUGAUGUGCUAGAGUCUGAAUUUGGAGAUAUAUAGCACCAAGAGAAGAUAUAUUGAAUCAUGAUAAAAUAGAUAAUAGGCUUAAAUAGGCAGAAUAGCUCUGUUUUCUAAACACCAUAUAUUAAUUCUGCUUUUAAGGAAGUGUAGACACCAAGACAUUUGGCAGGGUGUUCAAAUUAUGUUAAGUUAAUUGAAUGCCUAAAUUCUAUCGACUGCUGCUGCAUCUGUUCUGAACCAACGACUUUGGGGCAUAUCAAUUUCAUUGGGGAUACACUUGCAUGUGUAUAGUCUUCCCCCAUCCCAAGUAUUCUCCCUUCACUUCUAGGAAGGAAGGAUCUUGUUUUGUGCAAAAGCCACAGUGGAAGUAAAGAGAUUUCCCUUGAGCUGAUCAGGAAUUUAAAUUUUCAGAAGCUUUAUCCUCAUUGCAGUUAAAUGCAUUUGAGGACUUGCAGUUCUAGUCAUAGGUCUGUAACAGUGCAUGCAUUGCCUCACUUCCUGUACCCAAUUUAAAUGUUUAUAGUACUUUAAUUAGACUUUGAAUGUGACAUAAACUUUUUGUUUAAAGCAGGCAUUAUCCUGUCUAGCAAAUUGCACAGCUUUUGAAACAAAAUGACAUCUCAAAUAUGCAACUGAAGGAAAGAUAUUGAUCAUUUUUCAUUGCGGUGGUUUCACAGAAGCAUUCAUUGUCACAGGAAGCAUUACCACAAUUUUGCACAGGUCGAAUAAGAAAACCAAGCUUUGAAUUGAGGAGUGGACUUGCUCAGUGGCAGCGACUCAUAUUUGGCAUGUAAAAGGUUCAGUAUUUGCAUCUCAAGAUAGGAAAAUUAUUUUGCCUUAGAUCCUAUAGAACUGCCAAGUCACCAUAGCACAGAAAAUACUAGAUGUUCACUGGUUGUCUAAAGCAGCUUCCUAGUUUUAAGUAGCUUAACAAAUCUAGUCAGCCCUUGUUUGGAGAGUCAAGUUAUGCUUCCCUAUUCCCUUAAGGUUAAUGGUGUCAUUGCCUCGAUAUGUGGUGCUAAAUCAAAUCAACCUUAAUUUCUCUUUGCACUCUACAUUAAAGCUGGAAAAAUUAAUACUUUUUUGAGAAUCAGAGGUAAAACAUCUUGUCAGGAUAUUGGAACUGGCUUGAAAUACAACUUCUUGAUUAGUUUUAGGCUCUGCAGGUGGAUAGACAAAGCACUUAGGGAAAGGUUUACUGGGGCAUCAAGAGUAUUUUAUUUAUAGGCUGCUAAAUGUUUUUUAAGAUUCUUGAAAUAUUUAUCCGAUUCUUCAAACUGCAUUCUGUGCCUCUCCCCAUAUUUCAGGAUAGGAGGGAAAAUACUAGAGUAAGAAUUGCAAGCUUGCAUUUCUAUGUUUUCAGUAUGUUUGUAUAUGUAUAAGCCGGUGUUACAUUUGCAGGGAAGCCAGCAUAGUGUAGUAGUUUGACGGUUGGGCUUGGAUACCAGGAGAUUGGGGUUUGAAUCCCCAUUUGGCCACCAAAACUCUCUGGGUAACUGUAGGGAAGUUAUACUCCCCUAGUCUAAGUAUUUCCUUUGAAUAAAUAAUGCCAAGUAAAACCCCAUUUUAGCUUAACCAUAUAGUUGCCGUCACUAAGAACUCAAAGGUGCACAAUUACAUUUGUACCGAUCGUCCUUCCAGGAAUUGGAGUGGUUUAUAUAGGUUGUCAUCCUCUCAUUUCUAUGGCAACAACAUUGUUUGGUUCACACUUCUGACCGAUGAGCUUGAUUCGGAAUCUGCCUCCUAAAUCCAAUGUCGGCAUUCCAUCCGCUACACCAGCUUCCCCAUCAUAGUGUCUUCCAAAAGUCUCACCCUGCAAUUCCCAUAGUGAUGAACCACUUACUGUGCUGAUUUGGGCUCAUGGGAGUUUCAGGCGAACACAUCUUGAGGGUACCAUGUUGGUGAAAACAGCAUGUGCAUCACACUAGCCUUGAUUCACGACAGCCAGCACUCUAUUGAUUAUAAAUUGAUAUAAAAUAGUUGAAAUUACGUACCAGUUGAGACGCGGGGCUAGUUGGUCGUCCAGAGGAUUAGUACAGUUAGUUCAAACGUGUGUGUGUGUAAAGAAGGGCUUACUUACUGGCCUGCAGAGCAUUCCCGAAGCUAGGUGAUUAGGGAGUGCUCAGAGGCAACUUUGGCUUUGCAGUGACACUCCAUAUGGCUGUCUGAUCAAAUACAUUUUAAUGUAGUGGCACAGCUUUAUAGCAAGUACCAUCAAGGGCUGUUUUUGUAUUUGGAGUUGUUGGUGCAAAGCACAUCAUACACAUACAUACAAAGCUUGAGUUGUGUCAAAAUUUGAAAUGUUAACCUCUUCUAAAGUGCUUCUCUUUUCUAAAUAAAUAGACUAACUGCAAAUAAAGUAUAUGAAGAUGGGGGAUUCUGAACUAGAAUGCAAAAUGUUAUUUAGUUCAGAAGUGGAAUUUGGAGUGUGUUCAGCUGCUAGCACACAGCGUCUUCAUGUGGUAUUUAUUAGUUGUACUUGAAAUGUUAAGUUUCAUCUGUUUCUAUUUCCCAGCUAAUCUUGUUUUGUUUUUUUAAAAAGAUGAGAGCCAAUUAAACACCCUUCAGAAUGGAAACCACACAUUGUAAAACUCUUAAUAAUGGGGAUGGUGGGUCUAGGACUCCCUGACUGAAUCAACACUGCUAGGAAAGGAAUCUCUUUAUUCCUUUGCAAAUGGAUCCUGCCCUCACAAGCUGCUGAGAAUUUUCUUGCACAGUCUCUAUUGAACUGAUGAGAUCAGUGUGGGCAACCAACCAUAACAUAGUGGACAGCUCCUUUGCAUAUGAAUGGCUCCAGGUUAAAUCACCACCAUCUCCAUGAAAAGGCCCAAGUAGCUGGCAUUCAAAACAAAACCCUGGAGAAAUAGCAGAAACCCAUCACAGCUGGGCAAAUACUUGGCCUGUUAGAAGGCAGUUUUUUCUGUGCAACUCAGUUACAAGUCUGAUUUCUGUAGCCACAUAUCAAAGUUCAUCUGCUAUGUUUACUAACAGUAUAAGAGACCCCAAUGCCAGAAACCAUAGCCAGCAUAAGCAGUUGUAAUUCUGGGAACUGCAGUCCAACAUCUAAAGAGUUGGGUUAUUGCUACCCUUACUUAUAAGGCCUCUUAGCUGUUAAUUGAAGCCAUAGGGACUUCAUAGCCUCUCCUAGAUAUCACCUUCUCAUUUGUGUCAUUGUUUGCAGUGGCAAAGAGGCCUUAUCCUGCUUAUGCUGGUGAACAGGAAGGGCACAUUCCUCUCAAAUAAGCAGCUGUAAGGCUUUGGAAAUGAUAGCAGAGCUUUCCUCAAGCCUGCCGUCUGUACCAGAGCAAUUUGUUGCACUUGUUAAGUUAAACUUUGAGAUUCUACAGGCUUUAUUUUUUAAAAACCACAUUUUCUUGAGAGAUCAUUUGUAUCUUGGAUAAACAAGAAGUUUAGUUACAAAUGCUUUCAUUUUUUUCUCUUUGAUGCUAUCUUCAAAAUUCUUGAAUGAUGGAUGUAUAAAGGUUUUUUUCUGCUUUUCUUUCACCCUGUAUAAAAUUGUCUUGUGAGCUCUUUUAAUUUUCCCAAAGCUGUUGUAAAUAGCCUCUUCAUUGUACUAUAGAUCAUUGAUUUUGCCUCAAUUUCGUUGUAGCGUAACAGCAAAUGGACCUUUUUUUUUUAGAAGGGUAGCAGUGGGCAAGUACACCAAGCCCGAUAAGGUAGCAUUCUAGUUUUGUACCUUUCUUUUUCUUGAUAGGGUAAGUUACAAACUACCAGGAUGGUUGGGAUCAGAUUCUUUUUGUACUUUUGGUAAAACUUUUAGAAAAGGAAAAGGCGGGAGCUGUCAGUGUGGGGUACAUGCCAGUUUCUCCCUUCAGCUGGAGACAACUGGUGCCUGCCUAGUAUGAUAGCACUUGCUUUUCCCCCCCAGCAGUGAUGCCACUUCUACGAAGUGAACUGCAAGUUUCCCUUCAUCUUGUAUAUGUGGCUGUGAGGAUGGGAAGAGCUUGCUUGUACAGUUUUAUGAAAUGAGACCGUUUCAGUUUGUUCCUAAAUAAACGAUGAAAAAACAACAGAA